UUUAAAAACGAAAUUGUGUCAAUAGCGUGUUGUAUAUACAGACCAAUGUGCACGAAACACGAGAUUGCGUGUUUUGUUUUUCGUAAUAAAUCGAAAUAAGGAAAAAAAAUUUCAUUGACACGGUGUUGGUUAGUCGCAGGAGGAGCAACGGUCAGCAAAUGCACGUGAUGGAUAAUCUUGAUGUUUUUGACGUUCGGUGUGACAUGAUACAUACCCAUGAGUGUAGAGAUAGCAUAUGUCACGCGCUGGCAUGAGUUGUUAUGAGAGUUCAUUUUCGUGUUGCUAGUCGGAGGAGGUUAUGUUUCACGAGGUUUUCAAAAUUUUUGAUGCGUCUAGAUAUACGAUUUCGUAUAGGAAUAUUUAAAUAAUGGGUGAGCCCAAAAAUUUUUAUCGCGGUAACAACGAAAACCGUGUGUGGAUAAAUACGCGAUUGUCAUGAAAAGUCAUCGUUCGUUUUUUCAUUCUUCAAUCAUACGAAUUUCUUGAAAAAGGAAAGACGUUCCUGGAAUAGUGGUUAUUCAUGAGCUCGAUACUGUCACCCGUCAUCGGAUCUUCACAAUUUUAUAUUCCAUUAAAAAAUUACUGUUAUCAUGGAGAAUUCUGGGAACUCGGUGGAAAAUGAUUAUACUGAGAUCGUCAGGUUGUUGACGAGGAAACAAAAAUUUGCCUAUGGCGUCGGUCAUGUUCUCAAUGACAUUUGCGCAUCCAUGUGGUUCACCUAUCUUAUAGUUUAUUUUCACUACGUCCUGGGCUUCAGUGCUGUUUUGUCGGGAGUAGUUUUAUUCAUUGGUCAAGUUGCAGAUGCUCUUGCAACUCCCUUUGUUGGAAUUCAUUCGGAUAUAAAUGACGACUUCUGGCUGUGUAAAUAUGGUAGACGAAAGACGUGGCAUCUUUUGGGUACGGUCUGCGUCAUCUUCUCCUUUCCAUUUAUUUUCUCACGAUGCGCUGGUUGUGAAAAUACUCAUCAUUGGGCCCAACUUUUUUACUAUGCUGCCUUUGUCAUUAUUUUCCAAUUUGGAUGGGCUUCUGUACAGAUAUCCCACUUGUCACUCAUACCAGAUCUUACACCCACAAAACACGAAAGAAUCGAACUCACGGCUAUCAGAUACACAUUCACAGUAUUCUCGAAUGUGCUUGUAUACUGCAUAACGUGGGGUAUUUUACACAUAACAAGCGAUUCUCCCGACGUCCAAAUAGGUCCCGCAGAUGCACCAAAGUUUCAGACUAUAAUGCUGAUAGGAUUGUCUGUCGGUUUUGUAACGUCAUUAGUUUUUCACUUGAUGGUUCGAGAAGGACAGCCUGAUGUGUCUUCGGGACAUUCUCGAAGAACUACGAAAACAGCAUCGGCUCUCUUGAAGGACAUACAAUUGUACAAAGUAGCUGGAGUCUACAUGCCAACACGAUUAUUUUUAAACAUAUCGCAAAUUUACGUACCGUUGUAUCUUCACGAGAGCUUGCAUCUGCCAGCCACGCGAUUGGCUAUUAUACCAUUAGCGAUAUUCAUCAGUAGUUUCGUAACUUCCUUGAUCAUCGAAAGAUUAAAUACGAAACUGGGGAGAAAAAUUUCCUACACGAUCGGUGUCGUCCUCGGUGUCCUGGGAUGUACAUGGAUUUGGUUUGGCAGCGGACAAAAUUACACCACUUAUGAGAUAUAUCCUGUCUCGAUUCUUUUAGGAGCCAGCGGUGCAAUAAUGUUGGUCACGAGUCUCGGAACAACGUCGGACUUGAUUGGCGAAAAUACCGAAAGUGGAGCUUUUGUAUAUGGUGCUAUGAGCUUCACCGACAAGCUUUCCAACGGAUUGUUCGUCAUGGCUAUUCAAUAUAUACGCUGCGACAAAAGCUGUCCCAUGUAUUACAGGGACAUUCUGACUUUCGUUUGUGGUGGAUCUGCCGUUUUUGGAUUUUUCAUGAUGUUGCUGAUAAAAGCCCAACCGACCGGAGAUGAAUUCGCAGAUUACAGAACGCUGGAAGGCGAGGAACAGUUCGCAACGAUAAGUGAGGAGCCCAUGAGAAAUAACGAGGUCGCAAGUAACGCGAGCAUUUCAUCGCGGCAAGAGCUUUAAAAGAAACUUUUAGAGGCUAGUAAUUUAACGCUCCGUCGAGCAGACUCGUGGUACUUAGCGCUCAAGUCGAAUGACUGAUAAAAAACAAAAUGUUUUAACCAAGUCGCUGAAGUUUAACAGAAAAAAACUCCAAAAUAAAUUUAUCAACAGUAAGUUCAAUCGGUUGACCGACAAUAAAUCGUUGUAAUAUUAGCUAAGGAAUUCCUCAAGCAUUUCGAGCGAGGGAAAAAACAUUUUUAAAUUUAUCAUCCCUUUAUAGCUAGUGGUGCCUUAACUUAUUUCGUUUGAUUUUUAUUAAUGAAGAAGAACAAUGUCGCUGUGCGAUAAAAAAUGGAAUACAAUCAUGAUACUUUCGCGUAGUAAAGAAUUUAACGAGAUCUGAUAAAAUUUUAUCGAAUGAUAUUAUGUAAUAAUACUUUAUUUGUUUAUACGUCAAUAUAUCUGUAUAUAAAAGGAAUUUAGAGGAUUGAA